UUCAGUACAUUACGCCCGUUUAAGUCGUCCUGAGUGCAUACGUCUGUCGAACCAUCUCGACAAACAUGUACAAAAAAGAUAGUUUAGUUCUUUUCCGGGUGACAAAACGGGCUGCUAACUCAAAUACGUAAUAUUGCAGUCCAUUAGGUUUUGCUACAAGGGUGCUGAAGGGACGCGGAAAGCCGGUGCUGCGCUUUUCCGUGGAUUUAGGCCGUCCUUGUUAACUGAUCUACGGCAGGAGGCUUGAAGCUUUCGCCUCUAGCGCUACAAUACGAGAGAGAGAGAGAAAGGUCAACUGAAACGCACACGUUUGUGAAUCUUAUAACUGAGCGAUAUCCAUUUUGACAUUGCCAGAAAUUAUAAAGUUCUGACAGCUAAGAGGGCCUGCAAGUCGCGUGUUUUUACUCCCUCUAUGUAAAUGCAGAACCAUUAUGAGGAACAAGGUCUACAUUUGGUAUGUUUACACUGUGCAAUGUGCACUUGCCGUUCACCUGUAGGUCAAUAAUUCAAUGACUUUAAGAUUGCACUUAAAACUGGUGUCGACUGUGUUUUAAAGUAUCCAUCGCGCAGAAAACAAUGAUGGAAAAAGGAAUCAGGGACUGGCAGUUGUACUUUUUAAAUCGACUACGACAACGAGAAGAAACUAAAAAAGAAAAAAAAUCAAUUGCAUUUACAUGAAAGAUGAUGGAAAUUCAGAGGUCAGGAGUCGUUUAGUUAAAAAGUCACUUGAAUACACGUGCCUCCCUUACCGUCCUCCACCUGUUGAAGAUGUCUUCGAUCUUUUAAUUCAGGUAACUUCGAAGUCAAAAAAAAUCUACUUUGUAGCUUUGCCUAGAUAGUCAUUCUUCAUUUCUCCUUUUCAAGGUUUCUGGAAGCAGUUAGGGAAUGUAUGAUGAAGCAGAAAUGAGCCGUCAGGAUGAUAUUUUAAUGGCUUAUAUGUCACGUCGGUGCAUGUGGCUUUGAACUCAAGCAGCCUGCGUUUCCUGCGGAGAGCGCCGCAAAUCCCACUUGAUAACUUCUACCAUCUCACAACUUUUAAAAUCAGCCCUUCUUUGUAUGUUUGAAGAUGUAGCCUAAAGAUAACGCUAAGGGAAACGUUUACUUUUCAUACUCUUUAAGUGUCCCUUUAGAAUUUGCACACACUUUCAAAUGAGCAGUAAAUCUUUUUGAAUCAAAUUACUCCAGCUUCUGCUCAUCGACUGCUGUGAUUUUAAUAUCCAUGUUUUCAGCAUAUUACAUCAUUUAAAGCAAUGCUAUGAUGUUAGCUAUUGUACUCACUCAGCAAGGCAAUAUCGCGUUCCAUUUAAUUCUUAGGGAGCACAUACACUACGAAGCUGGAAAAUAGCAUUUCAUUAUAUGCACAACAAGCGUGGGGUUCUGAUGCAUCGCAAGAUCCAGUUUAACUGCAGAGAUACCCUCGCGUAAGAUGAUUUCAAAUGAUUAAAGUACCUGAAAUGUAUACUUGUAACUCCUUAGAAGAUAACCGAUGCUUGGCAUUCAUCAGCAAAGUACGUACAACAUUAAAUCGACUUAAACAAGAACUAUUCACCAAAGAGUUACCCCUUUUAAAAAUUAUUUUUUGCCACACUUCAAACGUCAACACAUCCUCCCAACUCCUCAGUUUUCCAACAUUUAGCAUUAAACUUGUUUUCUUGAGGGAAAACUGUAAACUAUAACCGCAACUGGAUCAUCCAAAGAAAGUCAUUUAAACCGCCGGGAUUGUCGCUAAUAAUGUUUUCUCUCAAGUUAACCUGUUGUACUUUGACAUAAAACCUCUAAAAAAAAGUUAAAAAGUAAGCGAGCACAGAUGUUCGUAGAAAUGUGAUGUUCGACCAGGAAAGAGUUGAAUUAGGAAGCGAGGGAUCGGGAAACAGGGAAACUAUUUUAAACUGUAUCCUCGUAAAGUGAUAGUUCACUAACGGAGAUAAUUAUUAAAGGAUCCGGUGAGGCUUCUUUGUUAUAAAAUAAGACUUUAACAUAGACUUAGCUUCAAGGAAACUCAUUGAAGUGGUGAACAAAAGGUAAAUUGAACGAUUCCGAUUCUUUGUUGGCUUUUACGUUUCUUUUACUGGAAUAUAAUUAGACUUAAUGAAUAUGCAAACUAUUGGCCUCACGUUAAUAAUUAAAUUACUUUGUAGAAACACAGAAGAUGGACUUUAGCAAAUUUGGGGUUGUGACUGGCAAGAAAUAAUCUAAAACAUGAUGUGGAAAGGAGCUACAUUUUUCUUAGCUGACAGUAUCCAUAAACCAUUUUCGCUUCCUUUGUUUCUAAUCAAUGAAAAGAGCACCGAACGUUUUUUUUUUGAAAAUAGGGGAAAUCUUUACUUGCAGCUAUUCUGCAAUUGUUUGGGAGCCUAUAGAUAUGUAUAGAGCAAUUCAUUGUCAGUUUAGAGAGAAAAAAAAGGCCCAAGCAAGAUGUUUUCAAUCGCUUUUUACAUGGGGAAAGAUAGGUUAAUCAAGGGUUUCGUCUCGAAAACAACCAAGUGUUGUAUGUUUGCACUGAAUCCAAACAUAUGCAUUUUCUGAACCCAAUUCAAAAGAGUGUUCUUUCUCUUUUUGCUCACUCAUCUGGGUAAGUGAAUUUUCACCGGCGAUCAAAAAGCUACUGAACAACAAAGGAAGCCGCCCGCUUUUUCUCUCGUCUGGAGUUGUGGCACAUGAACGAAUUUCAAACAGUCUGACAAGGGGUGACUGAAUUGUGAAGUCGAGGAAGACAAGAGUUUUUUUCUCUCUCCCUCUCUUCAGUUCGCUCUUUUCUCCUGUCCGUCUCUCUCCCCCACCACCACCCCCCCACUCCUCCCCGCGACCACCAUCCCCACCCCCCUCCUCCUCUUUCCAUAUUAUAUAUAUAAAAAAAGAGAGGACAGAGGAAAAGAAAGAAAAUCUGGACUCGACAAUAAUUUAUCAGGAGCGACUGUCAUGCGCGCACAAUACCUGGGAUUGAUGAGGCAAGCGGGCCAAUUAGAAGGCAGGAUGGUCGGACCCCAUCGCUGAUUGGUGGUCGAGCGCAACGGGGCAGCCCGGGUCUGGCCAAUGGGUUCGGAAGCCGUGGACCACGUGAUCCCUCCCCCAACUCCCAUUCAUCAAGGGGAUGGUGUUGUCUUUUCAAUUCAUUUAUCUGCAGGAAUGAUUGCCGCUAUCAUUCCCGAGCUCACCGCCCGGCUGAUGAGGUGAAAGUUUCUCCCCAGGAAGAUAGACCGCAAAAGACAAUAUUGCAUGAUUUGCGUUUGCAGAGGGGGGAAUAUCUCCAGUAAAUUCCCACACGCUGAAGAGAGAGAAAAAGAGAAAGAAAAAUAAGGAGUUUUUUGCAAGUCCUCCAAACAGACUCAGAGACUGUUUUCUACUGAGCAAGUUUCGUUGCGAAUUGCCUCUCUUUCUUUUCAAACAAAAAAAAUCCAUUAUUCCUUCUGUAACCCCCAUCGCCAUACGAUGCUUUUGGACGCUGGACCUCAAUAUCCUACUCUUGGAGUGACUACUUUCGGCUCAUCUCGACAUCACUCAACAGGCGAUGUCAACGACCGAGAAGUAGGGCUGGGGAUCAAUCCUUUCGCUGACGGGAUGGGUGCUUUUAAGAUCAGCCCGAGCACUCACGAUCUCGCAUCGGGUCAAACAGCCUUCACGUCGCAGGCUCCGGGCUACGCCGCUGCCCUGGGUCACCAUCCGAGCCAUGUGAGUUCGUACAGCAGCGCAGCGUUCAACUCGACCCGGGACUUUCUGUUUCGCAAUCGGGGCUUCGGGGAAGCGGCAGCGGCGGCCAGUGCCGGCCACAGUCUGUUCGCUUCGGCGGCGGCUGCGGGCAGCUUCGCGGGACCUCAUGGACAUACUGACGCCGCAGGGCACCUACUCUUCCCGGGUCUUCACGAGCAGGCGACCAGUCACGCAUCGCCCAAUGCACAUGUAAUGAACGGCCAAAUGCGCUUAGGUUUUUCUGGGGACAUGUAUGGCAGAGCAGACCAGUACAGUCAAGUUACCAGUCCCAGAUCGGACCACUACGCCUCGACCCAGCUACACAGCUAUGGCCCCAUGAACAUGAACAUGGCGGCCCAUCAUGGGGCCGGGGCCUUCUUUCGUUAUAUGAGGCAACCCAUUAAGCAAGAACUCAUAUGUAAAUGGGUAGAGCCCGAACAGUUGACGAAUCCCAAAAAAUCCUGCAACAAAACUUUUAGCACGAUGCACGAACUGGUUACUCACGUAACAGUGGAACACGUUGGGGGUCCAGAGCAGUCGAAUCACGUCUGUUUCUGGGAAGAAUGUUCAAGAGAGGGAAAGCCUUUCAAAGCCAAAUAUAAACUUGUAAAUCACAUCAGAGUCCACACUGGCGAGAAACCAUUUCCCUGUCCAUUCCCUGGCUGUGGCAAAGUCUUUGCCAGAUCAGAAAAUCUCAAGAUUCACAAAAGAACUCACACAGGCGAGAAACCGUUCAAGUGUGAGUUCGAAGGGUGCGACAGGCGUUUUGCUAACAGCAGCGAUCGCAAGAAGCACAUGCACGUGCACACUUCCGACAAACCGUACCUCUGCAAAAUGUGUGACAAGUCCUACACUCACCCGAGCUCUCUACGAAAACACAUGAAGGUUCACGAAGCAUCCUCUCAAGGAUCACAGCCUUCUCCAGCGGCAAGUUCCGGGUAUGAGUCCUCAACACCCCCCACCAUCGUGUCGCCCUCCACAGAAAACCAGACCAACAGUUCAAUGUCCCCAACAUCUUCUGCAGUCCACCACACAUCCAACCACAGCACGCUUUCAUCGAACUUUAACGAAUGGUACGUUUAAGUAGACAUACAUCAAAAAAUUACAAAAACAUACAAAAAAAACUUUUCACAAAAAGACUCCAAAGUUACGAUCGCGAGGAAUCAAAGACAAAAAAAAGCUGCCAAUAGACGCCGAGAGGAUUUUUUCUUAUAAAAGGAAGAAAACGAAACUUGAAAGGUUACAUUGUGGCAAAUUUUAAAAUGCAUGUAGGACGAUGAUAUUUCUCUAGUCAUUGCCUAGUGCUGGGGUCGAAGAAAGAACUGAUAAAGCUUUGAUAUUGCAUGUGUUCUAUGGCAGCGGCCUUUUCUCUCCUUUUUGUAAAUAUAGAAUUAUUAGAUUAAGAGUCUAAUGUUUCAAUCUUGUACAUAGGCAUAUCACAGGGGAUUUGUCAACGUGGUAUUUGCAUAUCUGGGCGACGGUUGGAAAAAAUGCAAUUAUUUGUUUAUGGAUGGCAAAAAAAUGUUACUAUAGUCGAUGUGUACCAAAAUGUGAAUUAAUUUGUAUUUCAGUCUCAACUGAGAGUCAGAAAGCUAGCAGAUACUAUUGUUAUUAAUGUGCUUUUUGUAUCCAGUGCAAACCUUCGUCCCAAAGUCCAGUCGGAGUAGUGAAGUGUUCAAAGUGUUGCUUGUUAUGUCAAAAACAAAUCGUAGUGCAAGCUUGGAACUCCGUGUUAAAAUGUAACUUUGUUUUAUGUAAGACUUGAUAUUAAAGCAAAAUAAGAAAUUUAUCUGUUCAUUGCCUUCGCAUUUGCGAUAAAUUUAUGUAUAUAUUCCCAAUCUCCAUAUUUAUCCGCAUGUACGUAAAUUACCGGUAUUACGUGUUACAGAUAUUCGAUAUUUAUGAAAGAUGCAUUCGUAUGUAAAACCUAGUUUACAAACUGUUCCAUAACAUUUCGUACAAUAUUAAAGAUUCCAAAAUCCAA